AUGAUUCGCAUCCUCUCGCAGCUCGCCGUGGAGCGCAACUGGUGGAGCUUCAGCGUCAACCCGACGCCCAUGGGCAAGCAGUUCAUUGUCCAGCCCCAGUCCCAGUGGGAGAGGGACAGGGAGCGGCAGCAGGCCAAGGAGGGCAGUGAACAAGAACAGGCUGAGCGCGCUGGGCGCUGGCCCUUCUGGCACCAGCGGGAGCCACGAGCGCGCACCGCCGCGCUCCCCCUCUCCCCCUCCUCGCCGCCUGCCAAAUCACCGCGGCCGUCUGUGCCUGCUUCCGAGUAUGACUCCGAGUUCGACUUUUCCGACGCUGAGGCGCAGGAUAGGACGGCAGGGGUCGUACACGACGCAGUUCAGCAGGCUGUGAUGCAAUACGGCUAUGACGACGAGAUCUUCCAGGCGUGGAGGGACGGCGAGAUACGGCGAAAGGACUUGCCGGAGAAGGCGAGCUUCGCCGCGUCGCUGGCGCAACGAGCUCCUCCUGCGCCGCGGGACCGCUGCAACGCGAGCCGGCUCUCGAUGCACGUCUACUCUGGCUUCUGGAGCAUGCUCGGCGAGCCGCUCGAGAGGCGGUACGCCGAGCUCAUUUCGUACACGCCCGACGACGGCGCCAUCUACACGGGCCCCGACCACUUUCUGUACGAUCCAGCGGGCGGUCUCGCGGCACAGUUCCGGCCAGCGCCAAACCAGUCCCACGCAGCGCUCUACUUCCUCCCCGUCUCGCCGAUGUACCUCUGUGCUGCCGCAUUGACGGUGAACCAGCGCGGGCCGUACCGGAUCGAGGAGCUCAUGAAUCAGGUCCGCUUUGCAACGCGGAAUCACAUGUCGCGCUCGUACCAGGGCAUCGCGCCGCAGGGCCUCUUUUGCAGCACCUACCUCAGGCUCCUGCGCUGGGUUGGCAGCCAUCCGCACUUCGACGCCACGGCAGCUCGGCAUGUGUGGCACUUUUCGCACUCCUUCUACCUGACGUCGGCCAUCUUCCGCGGGGACAACAGGACAGACGCGCGGGGCUCCCGGGUCCCCGCCGUCAACUCGGCGGCCGACCCGUACCGCGUGAUGCGGCCCGGCAUCUUCCUCACGCAGGAGCACCGCGUCGGCCUGCCGCCGCCCAACGUCGUCCUCAUCCCGUUCUACUCGCCGCAGUACUUUCGCGUCCGCGGCGACGACGCCGAGCCGCCCCGUCGCACGCUGCUCACCUCCUCUUCCCACCACUCGACCAGUUGCCACCGUUUCGACCAUUACCCGCGCGGCGGCGGCCGCGCGUGGUCGUGCGCCGACGAGGCAGUCCAGCAUUCCGGCCUCUACCGCAGGGCGCUCGAGCUCAUGUCGAGAAGCCUCAACACGACAACCACGCUUCGUCAGCUGGGCGCCGUCCCGCCGUGCCCGCACAGCCUCUGCGGACGCUGCACGGCGGCCAGGUGUCCCACCGAGGCGCUGAAGUACAAGGCGGAGAUGUCCAUCUGUUCGGUCCACUGCCCGGAGAUGUCCCUCACAUCCAUCACACCACCACAGGCGAAAAUGUACCGCGAUUCGGCCUACUGCGUCGUCGUGCCGGGAGACAGCCUGAUCACGCCGCGCAUCUUCAGCUACGUCCAGGCAGGCUGCAUUCCCGUCUUUCCGUACGCGCGCAGCCUUCUGCCACGCAUCCUACCGCUGUCGCACUCAAUCUCGUGGGCGGAUCUCUCUGUCUCCCUCGACUUGCGCCUCGUCGCAAACUGGAGCAAGCACGGCCACCCGCCCGACGACAACCCGCUGCGGACGGUCCUGGCGGCCGACAAGCCACGCCUCGCGAGCCCUCGACAGCGCAAGUUGAGGCUCUCGGCGAGUCGCUCCGUCGAUUUCGACCAUUCGGCGCUCAGCGCCAUCGCGUUCGAGCUGGCGCACGUCGUAUGCAGGAGCGCCGGGCACGCGCACCCAGAGGCGUCGGGGAGAGUGAACGGGGUUGGGGGUGGAGGCGGAGGAGGCUCGGGGAGCGGUGGGAGGGGCGGCGGUAGCGAGGGCGGUGCGGGGGGGGCGGCGGCGGCUGGGGCGGUAGAGAGGGGGUGA